CGUGCUUGUAUUUACUACUUAUUACACCGAAAAAAUAGUUGUACAUGAUACACAUUUACGGCCAGAUCGAUCACACGUUUGAGCAUAGUCUAUGUGAAAACGAUAGACUAGGUACACGUUCGUGGCGCUGUCAACGCAGACAAAGUGGAACAAUCGUAGCGCUAGACGGUUGUGACAAAACUAAGAGCGACUAGCGGGCUGCGAGCACCAAUCGAGGAUGGCUCUUUGACUAUAGUCGAUGAGAAGAUUGCAUUCGGUGGCCAAGAUCCUUGGUUAGAGAACAAAUCUAUGCGAGAUAACAUUGUUGGGAUGUUGAGGAUAGGCACCACGGUGGUGCUAACAAUAUUACAACCUGAACUGUUCCGUGGCAUCUGCGAUAAUAUGUUUUCCAUUGAAGGCGACGGUAAUGUCGAAACUGUUGAUACUGCCCAACAACUUGUGACAACUGAAGGCAUGAUGCCACCCUACACCGACGAUGUGGAACAAAUGGAUGAAAUGGUUAAGACUCACAACGAGUGAAAUACUAUUGUAGGCUACUUGAGCUUUGGCUUACAACAAUGAUCGACCUUUUAUUUGCCUUGAUAAUAGCACUGUUUGUGCUCAUAGCUAUGGCCACGAAUCUAUCUCCUUCCGCGAUCGGUACUGCAAUCUCGACAUUGAACUCUGUUACAUUAAUGGUGCGGCGUAUCAUAGCAAACCUUGGUAGCGCAGACUAUUUUAUGGACGCUGUUCACCAGAUCGAGCGGUUCAUAAAGUAUACGCCGCAAGAUGAAGUGAGGAUGAUUCUGCCCAGUACCCAUGAAUGGUCGCCAUAUCCAGCGAUUCGGUUUACGGAUGUUUCUAUUGGCUAUGGGCCCCGAGUCGUAAACCCGACACUACGCGGAGUAAACCUUCAGAUUUCAGGUGCUUCACAUAUCGGCUUUGUGGGCGCUCUAGGAAGUGGAAAACGACAUUAUCGCUGUCUUUACUAUCUCUCAUCUCAUAUACUGGUUCUAUAACAGUUGACGGCAUUGAGGUUCGGGAUAUCCCCCGGGACCAGUUCCCGUCCCUCUUUACCGUCAUCCCACAAGAGCCCAUCGUUUUCCGUACAGCAACCAUUCGACAAAAUCUGAUACCCAACGAAAUCGUAAACCCUGGAAACUACGAGGGGUACGAGUCGAUUAUGUACCGUGUCCUGUAUGGUGUUGGUCUGCUUAAGAUAGUCCAGAAGAACGGCGGGCUGCAGUCCAAAUUCUCCAAGCUCAAGCUUUCGUAUGAGCAACUUGCACGUUUCUCCAUCGCCCAAGGCCUAAUGCUUUACUACUUUAUGCGAACGCCAUUAGCGCUGGUCGAAGGCGCCACCAAUAACGUCAGUGGCGAGAGCCUGGUUCGGAUGAGAACGAUUAUGAGGGAAGUGUUUGGCCCAGGAGGUUGCGCCAUCAUCAGCAUGGUGCAUUACCAGGAGAUGGUGUCGGGAGCAAGCUGGAUUGGUCGAGUCGCUGAAGGAACAGUGACACCACCACAGUUGCCUCCGCCUGUGGGAGCUUAAGGUUUAUGUCAUUUUACAGGUUGGCAAUUUUUGUUAAAUAUAUGUAUU